ACAAAAUUCAAAUCGAAACGGACCAUGAAUGUGUGAACGUCCACUACAUUGUGAUUCGGUUUGUGAAAAUGUCAACAAGCUCGCGGACUACAUGUCAAUAAAUUGCGGCACCUUUGUAAAAAAGCGUUCAAUUAUACAAAUUAUGCAAAAAUUUCUUCUUUUAAGAGUGUUUUGAAAAUUACCUAAACGACGACAUUUUUUAAAAAUCAAUAUUCUUGCAAUACUUAUAAGUUUUUGGAAAAAGGAUCUUCAAACAUGGAUAGACCAAUAGCAGCGGAUGUAGUUAUAAUCACAGGCAACUCUUAUCCCGAGUUGGCUAAUUUAAUUGCUGAUCGUUUAGGUGUGAAAACUGGAGGAUGCGCAGUGUAUUAUAAAACCAAUCGAGAGACGAUGGUUGAAAUCGGCGACUCUGUCAGAGGCAAGGAUAUUUAUAUUAUACAAACUGGUUCGAAAGACGUCAACAACAAUAUUAUGGAGCUACUUAUCAUGGCUUACGCAUGCAAAACAUCAUCUGCUAAGAACAUUGUCGGUGUAAUUCCUUACUUGCCGUAUUCGAAGCAAUGCAAAAUGCGCAAACGCGGAUGUAUCGUUUCGAAAUUGCUAGCGAAAAUGAUGUGCAAAAGUGGAUUGACUCACAUAAUAACAAUGGACCUACAUCAAAAGGAAAUUCAAGGAUUCUUUGAUUGCCCAGUCGAUAACUUGAGAGCCAGUCCUUUUCUGUUACAGUACAUUCAAGAGUCGAUACCAAACUAUCGUGACUCGGUUAUCGUAGCCAGAAAUCCAGGCAGUGCGAAAAAGGCGACCAGUUAUGCAGAGCGCCUAAGACUUGGAAUUGCUGUUAUACAUGGAGAGCAGAGGGAAGCAGACACAGACAUGAAUGAUGGCCGUGGCUCUCCACCUGCAUCAUUAUCCUUGAGAACAAUGGAAGUUGGCGUUGGGGUUCCAAUACACCCUGCUAAGGAGAAACCCCCCAUAAAUGUCGUUGGAGAUGUUAGUGGAAAGAUCGCAAUUAUGGUGGAAGAUAUGGUAGACGAUGUACAAUCCUUUGUUACUGCUGCGGAAUUACUUAAAGAAAGUGGAGCUUAUAAAAUUUAUAUUUUAGCCACUCACGGUUUACUUAGUUCUGAUGCUCCUAGGCUUAUUGAAGAAUCACCAAUCGAUGAGGUUGUCGUAACCAAUACAAUUCCUCACGAACUACAAAAGAUGCAAUGUCAGAAAAUAAAAACUGUUGACAUUAGUAUCCUAUUAGCAGAGGCGAUUCGCCGAAUACACAAUAAAGAAUCUAUGUCUUAUCUUUUCAAAAAUGUUACCAUGGAGGAUUAAAAAAUUUGUGAUUAUAUUUAAAGAAAAAGAAUUUACUGUUGUAUCAUUUUUAAGAAUAUUACACUUUCAAUUCUUUUGAAAAAUGUUACCUUGAUGAAUUAAACUGUUUGUGAUUAUAUUUUAAA